CCCUGAAAGAAAAUAAUGUACUGGUUUUAAUGAGCUUUCUACAUGUGUUUGCACUUUUUUCGGAGAAGGGAAAAAAUAGCAAAUUAUGUAACAUAAAGUUAUCUCAGAAUUAAUGAUCGAAAAUUUUGCAAGGCCCACGUGGACAUUGGAGGCCUGGUUGCCAUAUCACGCACGCUACAUACCAGAAGGCCCCAUGUGACAGGGCAACAUUAUCAAAGAAUUAUGCCUUAUCUACGAAAUUAUGCCACAUCUAUCAACAUAAUGAACUUUUAUAGGGUUGGGGCGAGAAGAAUUUGAGUCUAUAUUUAAGACAAUAUUUUGGGAUUUUAUCAUAGAGGUUUAACUCUCCAAACCCCCUUCCCUGUUUCCAUUAGCCCUGCCUGUACCAGGCUUGUUUAUGUGUCUAGGCUCCCUCACAUAAUCAGUCUCUUCCUGUUUUAUCAGGAUGUCAGAUUGACAGCAAAUCAUAUUCAGAUAUUGGAACUUUUUACAAGAUACACUAGUAUGUAAAUUUUACAAAUAUAAUAAGAAUUAAAAUAUGUGUUAAGGAAAGAUCCAGUGUUCAUGAGCUUGAUGUUUUGGACAUAAUGUAAGACUGCUCUGUUAUAUUCUUUCGGUGUUGUCAUGAUUCACAAUUCUAUAAAAUAGAUUAUGGUGUCCUUAUCAUUUGGCCACUCUAUAUUUAGGGUGAACUCCUCACCAUGCAGUGAAGUUUGCCCAAUGACCUGAAAAUGUUUUCUGGAUAUGUUUUUGUUACUUCUUAUUAAUCUAUUCAGUUAUGAAAUUAGCAAAAUUGAUGUUCUGAUACUGUGCUUAGUUGCAAUUGUCAAAAAUAAUUAUCCUAAGAGCUGAUCACCUUUAUCUAUUACUGAUCAUCUUGCUAAUCAUUUCAUUGGAGUCAUUGAACUGCAUCAAAUCUUUUGUUUGGUUGGCCUUAAAAAAGAAGCAUUAAAGAAGCCGUUCUGUUUAUUGUUCAGAGAUAAGGCAAAUAGUUAUUGUUUGAAGAGAAACUGCACUGUGAGUGCAUUAAGUCUAACUAUGAGUAGCAGCUGUGGCUCUUGAUGCAUUAUUCUGCUCAAAGUUUCUAGUUGUGUUUGAAAAUGCCCUGUAUUCUUGAUUCUGAUGAUGCAAACAGUAUCCAGGUGAAAAAAGAUUCAAAAGUUGUUUUAAAUUCUGAUGAGAACCAAAAAAUGAGUGGAGAGACACCUGAAAAUGGGAUAGAAAUAAAGAAUGGUGAGAAUGGACAUGAAGAUUCCCUGGAACAGGAAGAAAAUUUAGAGACUUCAAAUGGAGAAGUAAAAACAGAAUCAGAAGAAGCGAAAACUAAUGCUGAAAAUCCUGAAGACAUUCCACUGAAGAUUUUCACUAUCAAGUUGAUGAUUCCAGGAGCUGGUGAACCUUCUACAUUGCAGAUAUCAAAUCAUGAUACUGUGCAAGAGAUCAGGCAGGUAGUUCUGGACAGACCAGAGAGCUGCUUCAGGACCUGUUUCAGUUUGCAACUCAACGGAAACCGCUUGGAUGAUUUUGUUGAGCUACACACAGUUGAAGACAUGAAAGAAGAUGCUGUUGUGAAAGUUGUAGAUGAACCAUACAGUGUCAGGGAAGCAAGAAUUCACAUCAGACGUCUAAGAGAUCUUCUAAGCACGUCACUGUAUCAAAGCUCAUUUUCUGCAACUGAUAACCUCUCAUUGUCUCUGUGCACUACCAUUGCUGGUGUUGACCCAGAAGAUGAAAUUCUAAAGGGAUCCAAAGAUUCAAAUUUGCCAACUGAGGAUUGCACUCCUCCUGGUUGUUCAGUAUUGGAAGAAACUGGCAGCGUCCCUGAAUUAGAGCCAUUGAUUCCAGAAUCCAAUCAGCCCAAGGCACAACAGUGCUUAAAAGAUUUACGCUACUCAAGCUGGAACCCACCUCCAGGUCCCAGAAAGUUGGCUGGUGAUCUUUUAUACCUGGAUGUUGUGACACUGGAAGAAAAUAAAUAUAGCAUAACAGCUUCUUCUAAUGGGUUUUACAUAAACAGAACAACAGAUGUUGAAUUUGAUCCAAAGCCUCACAAUGAACCAUGCAGAGCUCAGACCUUGGUUGGCCUUCUUUCCCAAGUCAGUCCGUUAUUUAAAAAGAAUUUCUCAGCAUUACAAAGACAGAGUGUAAAGAAACAUCCACUUGAGGUUGUACCAUGCCCGUAUCAAGUCUACCCAUGGAUUUCCCCACUAUUCGAGCAUGUUUCCGAUCCAUUCAGAGCCGAGGACGCUGUUACCGGGAGAAUUGGAUACGAGGAGCAAAUACCUGGUCAAUUGAGAGACUGGAAUGAAGAGCUGCAAUCUGCGAAAGAGCUGCCAAGAAAAUCGACGCACCAGCGGAUCUUAAGAGAUCGUGCCCUUUACAAGAUAACAAGUGACUUUGUAGCUGCUGCGACUAAGGGUGCGGUUGCUGUGGUUGAUGGAAAUGUUAUGGCAAUUAAUCCUGGUGAAGAUGAGAAGCUGCGAAUGUACAUAUGGAACAACAUAUUCUUUAGCUUUGCAUGCGACUCUAGAGAUCAUUACAGACGAUUUGGAGGGGAUGCAGCUGCUUAUGCCGCGGCGGGUGGUGACCUUGGUGGCGUUGUUGCAUUCAACCGACUUGACAUCGAGGGUCUGUACACCCUUGGGACUGUGAUAAUUGAUUACAGGGGGUAUCGAGUGAUUGCCCAGUCAAUCAUACCAGGUAUACUGCAGAGAGAACAAGAGAACUCCGUUGUUUAUGGUUCAAUCGACGGUGGAAAAUCAUUGUCAGGCAAUGAGAAAUUUUUAGAAUUGCUGAAGAAGGCAGGAGAAACCCUACGUACCCGACCACAUAAAGUUUGCAGCGAGAAGGGCGAAGAAGUUGAACUCUGCUCAUCAAUGGAAUGCAAGGGAAUAAUUGGAGCUGAUGGCCGUCAUUACAUAUUAGAUCUUUUUAGGACAUUUCCACCUGAUACCAAUUUCAUUCAAGCUGCGAAAGAAAAUGCUGAAAAAUGUCCCAACGACACUGAAAAAGUUGAAAAAUCAGAGGAGGAAGAUGUGAAACAGGAACCCGUUAGUGAACAAGAAAACGAAGAACAAAUAUCUACAAAUGGAAAACUUGAAGAAGAUGGUCAGAAGGAUGCGGCUGCAGGAAAGGAAGAAGGAAAAGAAAAGAAAGAAGAUGGAGAAAUGAAUAAGUCUAACGAGGAACAAACAAAUACAGAAUCAACGACACCAAAAGAUGAGCAAAAGAAAUUCACUUUUGAAUUUCCUGCUCAGUAUUCCCACGAACUUUGUACUUUGCGACAAAAUCUUGUAGAUGCAUUUGUGGGCUUCCGAUACGUGCUCUUCCUAAAGCUCAUUGCAAUAUACAGCCAGCAACUACGAGCUAUCAAAGACAAGAAAGAGAAGGAAGCCUUAUCGAACGGUGACACUGAAGAAACCAAAGAGGCUAAAGCUGCUGAGGGAGCAGAAGCAGCAAUCGAAAAUGAAUCUGAAGAAAUUAAGAAAAUUGAUCCAAAAGAAAUUGAAAAUACCCAACAGCUGGAAAUUAGAAAUGCAGAAGAUUUAGAAAAACUUGGCGAGGAGCUCACAAAAGAAGCUAAAGAUUUGGAAGAAGCAAAGAAAUUGGAGCAGAAAGAAAGAGAUGAAAUUGCAAUGCAGGCUGUCAAGGCAGCUGCUGCCACCAUCGGAUCUCUCAGUGACAAAGAAUUUGAUAUCAAAUUCAACCCGGAUGUCUUUGUUGCUGAGGUAAAGCAUGCUGAAUCAGAGAAAAAUAAUUUGGAAAAAGACAAAGUACUCGCUAAAGAUGCUUCAAAGUUUCUGUCAGAAACUGUUGUACCAAAACUGGUUGAAGAUUUUAUCACAUUAACGAUUGUUCCUCUGGACGGAUUGGCAUUAACUGAGGCAAUGCAUGCGAGGGGUAUUAAUAUGAGGUAUCUUGGCAAAGUUGCUUCUCUCUGUGCAUUGAGGGAGGAUUUACAACAUGUCCAUAGGAUAGCUGUCAGUGAAAUGAUUCUUCGUGCAGCUAAGAAGCAGAUCAAAUCCUGUUUGCAAAGUGGAACAUUACGAACGUUGUCAGCAGCCGUCUGUCAUUUUCUCAACUGCUUCCUGAGUGCUUUUCCAACACCACAGCCACACUUACCACCAGAAGAAACAAUAAAAAAGAAGAAAAACAAGAAGAAGGGCAAGACUGCACAUUCUUCAAAUAACCAAAUUGCGUGGGUUAAUCUAACGCCAUCCAUUUUGUGGAAGGAGAUCAGGGAUGAAAUUGUAAAUCACUUUGGAUUCAAACUUGAAAGUGGUGAGCCUGAGGAUGUUCUAGAAAGUUACAAAAUUCAUAAGCUGUCUCUGUUGAGAGGAUUGUGCAGAAAAUCAGGUGUACAGCUUCUUCUUCGUAACUACGAUAUGGACAACAAGAAACAUCCUGCAUUCAGUGAAGAAGAUAUUCUCAAUAUUUUCCCAGUCGUGAAGCACGUCGAGCCUCAGGGCAACGAUGGCAAUGCUCUCUUUGAAGUUGCCCAAGCUAAGCUUCAAGCAGGAUUAUUUGGUGAAGCUCACGAUCUCAUGUUAGAGUCUCUGAACAUUUUCAAUCAAGUUUACGGUCCACUACAUGGUGACAUUGCAGUAUGUUACAGAACUAUUGCCAGACUUCACUACUUGGCUGAUGACGUACCACAGGCAGUAUCAUAUCAAAGGAAGGCUGUUGUUGUUUGCGAAAGAAUUUAUGGCAUUGAUCAUCCAGAAACAAUCAAUUCAUAUGUUCAUCUUGCGCUGUACUGCUACACAGGAGGUCUUGUCAAUGCGUCUUUGAAACUCAUGUACCGAGCACGAUACUUGGCCCUGUUGGUUUAUGGAGAAGGCCAUCCAGAUCUGGCCACCUUUGAUACAAACAUUGGUUUAAUGCUUCAUAGUCAGCGAGAAUUCGAUUUGUCAUUGAAAUUCCUCGAACGUGCAUUGAACGUACAUCUGAAAUAUUAUGGUGCAGAGAGUCUGCAGACAGGAACUGUAUUCCACUUGGUUGCCAGAGCUCAGUGUUGCAUUGGUGACUACAGGGCAGCUGUGACUAGUGAAAAGGCGACCUAUAAUGUCUACAAGAAAUUGUUUGGCGAGGAAAAUGCCAGGACGAAAGAGAGCUCAGAAUUUCUUAAUCAAACUACACACAGGGCUGUUAAGAUGCAAAAAACGAUUAAUGAGAUUUCGGGCAAGAGUGGAGGCAGAUCUAUAACACCACCAAAAUCUUCUGUCACGAAGGUACCAGAAGAAAGUUAUGAUAAAGAAAUUUUAGGAGUUAUCAAUAAAAUCGGGGCAGCACCAGAGGCUACUCCUGUCAAAUCGAAGCAGGAUGCCUCUUGAUUCCAGUCGUCGAGAAGAAUCUGGUAACAAUUUUACCUCUGUGUGUUUUUCAUGAAAGAAUUCGUCUAGCGCGUGGGUAUUUGUUAUUGUUGGCAAAGAGUGUUUUCUUUUUAAUGUAAUAUUUUCAAGCUCACUGAUGUAAUGCGCAAAUAUUUUUCCACUUUGAAGGCGGCAAAUAUAUAGCUAAUACUGGCUGUAACCGUUUUGGGAUACUGUACCCCUUCCCCCAUAUGCUUAACAUUUAGUUUGUUUACCCAGCUUGAACUUAGCUUGAAAUGAAGAUAGACGUGGGAUCUCCAUGUGAGACUUUUGCUUCAGCUAAAUAAUCUAUACAGCAUCUUUAUUCAGUAAGUUGUCUAUAUAGAAGUCCCAUACAAUAGUCUUCUGUUUAUCCGUAUUCACACACCACCACAGUUCAACAGCAUUCACCAUCAGUUUUGUUUGACACGACAUUCUUCCAUUCCUCUAUCUUAGUUCAUUCCCCUUAGUUUGUAAUUUAGUUCUGAAGUGAAGUGUUUAGAGUUUGAUUUAUAGUUCCAGCUUGUGAAUGAUCUUGUUAUACUUACAUGGUCGUUAACGAAUUUGAUUGAAUUUAAUUUGUACUAUGUUUUGUACGAAUGCGAUAUAAUUAUGAACCUGCAA